AUGGGUUGCAUCCAAAGCAUCGCCUGUAAGUCGCGUAUCAAACGCGAGAAUAUAGUUGUCUAUGAUGUUUUGGCAACCAUAGACCACACUCCGACAGUGAUUGAGGAGAACUCGCCUAUAGUGCUGCGCUACAAAACUCCGUAUUUCAAGGCCUCGGCUCGGGUUGUGAUGCCUCCGAUCCCCAGGAACGAGACCUGGGUUGUUGGGUGGAUUCAAGCGUGCACACAGAUGGAAUUUUACAACACUUAUGGGGACAUUGGCAUGUCUAGCUGGGAGCUUCCGGAGCUGCGUGAAGGUCUGGUGCGAGCCAUCAGCGACUCAGACGGCGUAAGCUACCCCUGGUACGGGAACACCACAGAGACGGUGACGCUAGCCGGCCCCACUGCCAAGCCAUCGCGAUUCACCGUCAGCAUGAACGACAACUUCUACCCCAGCGUGACCUGGGCCGUCCCGGUAAGUGACAGCAACGUGCCGCUGCUCACGCACAUCAAGCGGGACCAGAGCUUCACCACCUGGCUAGUGGCACUCAAUGCCGGCACCCGCGAGAAAAUCCUGCUGCAGACUAUCAAGUGGCGUAUGAGGGUGGACAUCACCGUUGACCCCUCCAAGCCCCUGGGCUCUCGGGCGCGUCUUAUAGGCCGGCCACACCAGGACCAACCACGGGUCCUCACCCGGAUGGAGCCCAUCCCGCCUAAUGCCAUGGGCCGGCCGAAUGCAAAUGACGCUCAGGUGCUGAUGUGGAGACCCAAGAGAGGGCCGCCACUGGUGGUGAUACCCUCCAAAUGAACCGCGGGAGGUGGGAUGAAACCAGGAAGAGCCUUGAAAAGAGACCUCUUUUGACUUGGGAGGACAGGCGACAGAGAGGGCAACUGCCUUAAAUCCACACUACUGCCUUCAAACCUUAUAGGCCACCUGGGUACUAGUGACAUUCAAAAUAGGACCACUGCCUUAAAAUCUCUUCCUGGGAGCCCAAAGUGCUCUUGAACUGCACACGCUGAUUGUGAGUGGACAUAAUGGGCUGCCUUGCACAAAUGUGGCAUAGCAUUCAAAUCAACUUGGUCACUGUGACAAGGCAGUACACAGAGAAUAAAUGGCCAGCAAAGAUCGAUUGUGAUAGCGUCAUGCUGAUGAUGGUUAGAUCAUAAUGGGAUAGUUAUUUUAAAUCAGAUUGCCACUGGGUCAUAAACAUAGCCUACUUGUAGUAUUCAAAAAGACAUCUUGGGAAAAAAAGGCAUUUUUAUCCCUGAACAUAAUCUCAAGAUGCCACAUACAGCAUUUGAAAGAUGUUUUAGGCUUUGAAGUCCACAGGUAGCUAGUGGAAGGCAGCUAUUCAGAUGCUUACAUAUGAUCUCACCUGGGAGGUGCACAUCACCGAGGAAGUGGAAGCAAGGUGCUCUGAGAGAAAGGGAAUAGUCCCCUCGCUCCUCAUUAUUGAGCUGGCUGCAGACAAGCCAAAAGAGACACAUGCACACACACACACACACACACACACACACACAGACACACACACACACAGUAGAUCCACCCAAAUUACUUGGUGUCACCCACCAGGAUUACUUGUCAUUCAACCAACCUGCACAAUAAAACCAGGGGAAAAUGUAUGUAUCAGUCAUUUCUAUACAGUUGGAGAUUUGCACAGAGCAGAUGUCGGAUUUUGUGUGUAUGAACUGUCUUUUGAAGUACUACAUGUAUCAAAGAAGUUUGGUUUCUGGCACCUCAAACCUUCUUAAAAAAAAAAAAAUGGGUGUUGGGACAAAUGGUUUUCUUGCAAACUAGGUGCCACAAACAUGACAAAAACUCCAUAAAAACAUCUCGCAUGUGUAAGGUGGGUGCCAAACGUGCAGACUCUGGUGGUGAAGCAGCAUUCUGGAGCAGUGACAUUCAGAACAGAGCACUGAGAACGGAACUUGGCCUAUCCUGGGGCAUCAGUUUAAAACGAAUGGUAUCAAAAUCUUUGGCCUUCACACAUUUUUGCAUGCAUGCAGUGUUUCUGAGGUAAUAAAAAGACAAAGCGACUCAAAUAUUG